AUGGAGCCUGCCCCCGACGCCGAGGAGGCGCGCACGGUGCGCGAGGCGCUGGGCCGCUACGAGGCGGCGCUGGAGGGCGCGGUGCGCGCGCUGCACGAGGACAUGCAGGGGCUGCAGCGCGGCGUGGAGCAGCGCGUGGCCGAGGCGCUGCACCUGGCCGGACCGCUGGCGCGCACGGUGACCGAGCUGCAGCGCGACAACCAGCGGCUGCAGGCGCAGCUCGAGCGCUUGACGCGCCAGGUGGAGGCGCUGGGCUUGACGACCGGGCUGGCCCCCGCGCCCGGCACGCCCAGCCCUCCGCCCGCGCCUGGCGUCCCGGACCGCGCGCCCCGUCUGGGCACCGCGCGCUUUGCCAGCCACGCCACCUUCUCGCUGUCCGGCCGAGGCCAGAGCAUGGAUCACCACGACGAGGCCGGCGAGUUGGAGAUGAGAAGGACCUCAAACUCGUGCAUCGUCGAGAAUGGGCACCAGCCUGGGGCAGGUCCAGGUGAUGGACCCCCUGAGACCACCCAAACUGCCCCGGCACCAGAGACCCCCAAGCCUCGCCCUGCGAGCCUCUCCUUGCGGCUGCCUCACCAGCCAGUCACGGCUGUCACGCGAGUCUCCGAGAGGUUCUCUGGGGAGACGUCAGCCGCAGCUCUCUCGCCCACGUCUGCCGCCGUCCUGGGGGGCCUCAGCCCCAGCGAGGCCACCACACCCUGGACUCCCAGUCCCACUGAGAAGAAUUCUUCUCUCCCGCGGCCUUUGUCCAGCUCUGGCUACGGGGCAGUGACGGCCAGCAGGAACAGCGACAGCCCACCUCUGGUGACGCCACCCCAGUCUCUCCCAUCCCCGCAGCCACCAGCCACGACUCAGGCCCAUCGGCAGGGGGAGCGCCGCCGGGAGCUGGUGAGGUCGCAGACGCUGCCCCGCACCUCGGGGGCGCAGGCCCGGAAGGCGUUAUUCGAGAAAUGGGAGCAGGAUACAGCCGGCAAAGGGAAGGGCGAGACCCGGGCGAAGCUGAAGCGCUCGCAGAGCUUCGGCGUGGCCAGCGCCAGCAGCAUCAAGCAGAUUCUGCUCGAGUGGUGCCGCAACAAGACGCUCGGCUACCAGCACGUGGACCUGCAGAACUUCUCCUCCAGCUGGAGCGACGGGAUGGCCUUCUGUGCCCUGGUGCACUCCUUCUUCCCCGACGCCUUUGACUACAGUGCCCUGAGCCCCGCGCAGCGGCGGCAGAACUUCGAGCUGGCCUUCACCAUGGCCGAGAAUCUGGCCAACUGUGAGCGCCUCAUUGAGGUGGAGGACAUGAUGGUGAUGGGCCGCAAGCCGGACCCCAUGUGCGUCUUCACUUACGUCCAGUCUCUGUACAACCACCUGCGUCGCUUUGAGUGA